CAAGAGGUCAACCACAGGUAUAGAACGCUAGAGCUCGAGGAACAAAGAAGCCGGCGAACGUUCAGUCAAUAUGGGGAAACACAUUAUAGUUGUCCAUGGGUACCUGCUUAGCGGGACAGGAUCGAAUAUCUACUCCUGUAACCUGGCGAUGCAGUGGAAGAAACAGGGCCACGCAAUUACUGUGUUCUGCCAGGACCCGCAGGCGGGAACCUACGACUGGGUGGACGAGUUUUUUACAUCAGAGGCGUCAUGGCCGAAAGAUCCACCAGCCCCAGGCAAAGUGCGAGUCCUGGUCCCCGAUAUAGCCGGCCUGUUACCAGUGUACGUUUAUGAUGAGUACGAGGGCUACACAGUGAAGACCAUUCCCAAUUGUACAGACGAAGAGAUUGAGCGACAUAUCAGCAUGACAUCCAAAGCCAUACGCAAAGCUGUGGAUAUGUGGGGAUGCGAUAAGGAAGAAAGUGUGGAAAAUUCCAUGUAG